AUGGGAAAGAGAAAGCACAGUACUGGUAGUUCUAGCGGAGACGAAAGUGACGAUGAUUGUAAACGAGUUAAAAACAAAAUGGUGCGAUUUGGCGAUGUGACAGUGUAUUAUUUCCCAAGAAAGCAGGGCUUUGUUUCCGUGCCUUCGACCGGAGGAUCGACACUUGGAAUGGCAAGAAAACACAUUUCCAUCGAGAUUUUACGAGCGGAUUUGGGUCUGGAGGCGAAUAAAAAUGACAAAAAGCCUUUGUCACCGGUUUCCCAAAAAGCAAGAAAAAAUAUUCUGAAGACGUCAGGGGUGCGGCGAAUUCUAAAGAAAGAAGAACAAGAUUGCGCACAGCUCAGACUUAGUCGCGUCAUUUGUGGUUGUAGCUGCGGUGAUAUUUGCUACCCACAAACAUGUGAAUGCAUUUUAAGUGGAAUCGCCUGUCAAGUCGAUUAUGGCCGGUUUCCUUGUUCGUGUCUGCCAAACGGCUGCCAAAACGACAAUGGAAGAAAGCAAUACAAUCCUAGUGUUGUGGAAAAACACUAUUUUGAGACAUUUGCUAAAAUAGGUGGACAGAACGGAGCGACAACAAUCGUGAAAUACGUGGGUGUCAUGUAG